UUAACUUUUUUUUUUUGUUUUCUUUGGAAACAAUAAAAACGUCAUACUAACAUUUAUGCGAUCGAUGUAUUCUUGAUGGCUUUGAGUCCGGGGUAAACACACAAAUCUAAGUUCUGCAUAAGUCAUAAGAAAAUUGAAAGAGAGGAGGAUAUGUUGGCUUGUAAGAGUUUGGUUAUCGGCCUCAUAAUUGUUUCUCUUUUUGGUCUUCACCAAUGUCAAGAAGAUUAUGAUUAUGGACAUCCAAAGGGAAUAGAAAGAUGUUUUUCGCGAUUUGAGGGAAAGCCAUAUUCAUCGGAGGAUUUGUGUUGUGUCGAAGCUCCUUGGAUUUGCUUCCCUGAAUACCUUAGGAAAGAAUGCAUCAAGAGGUGCCCGCCUCUUCGAGAAGGUGUACCUCAGCCUCCACCGCCGCGAAAAGGAGCUGUGCCGUCUCCAGCUCUGCGAGAUAGAGCAGCGCCGUCUUCAUACCUGCGAAAAGGCGAAGCGCCGUCUCCAUCACCCAUGUCAUCUCUUUUUUAAUCAAGUCUUUCAACAAAUAAUAAUCUCCCUACCUUUUAAUUGAAAACAAAUAAUAAUAAUUACAUAUAUAUAUAUAUAUAUAUAUAUAUUGUUUAU